AUGUCGAGCUACACGGACGUGUUAAAAGGUAACGUAUUCGGAGGAGCAGUCGAAAACACGAGACAAAACAGUUGCAGGACUGAUGACCAACCGUUACCCGGUGACGCUGCUGAAUCCGGCGCACGGUGGCCUCGAGAUGGACGACGGCGACGACUACUACGACUUUUGGAAGACGGUCCCGACGGCGGCGAGUCGAUGGAGGACGAGGUGGCCGCGCACCUCGGUUCGCAUCGAUGGUCGACGCCCAUACUCCUAG